CGGCAGAAAAAAAUUUUCGAGCAUUUCCAGAGAGGAGAUUGUGGCCUCCCUAAUUGCUAGCUCUGGAGAUUCGCAUCAACAAGAGAAGUCAGCCUUAUUUAUCAACCUUCUCUUUACUUCCAUUAGCUAGUUAAGAAAUUUACAGACACAACCAUCACAAGAAAUACAAUGGAACAGCUCUGGAAGUUAAACUGCUGGACAAGCAUCACACGGGAGAAAUAUGAAGAGUAAAAUCGGUGCAGUCGUCUUGCAGCUGUGUGGUGCUGACCGAGUUCCGGAGCUGCCCACACUGAAUCUCAGCCAGCAGAAUGCUCGCCAGCAAGCGUUCCUCUAUAACUGCUCUGCUAACUUUCUGAAGUGACAGUGUUGAUAAUAUGAGGGAAGGUCACACUGAUGUUUAUAUCGGCUCAAAGGAACUGUCCGCUGGUACAUCAAUUUUCUUCAAGGAAUUCUGCUAUUGCUCUGUCUUUCCCUGUGACUGAGGCCUUUGGCAUUGCAGUAUGCUAUCGGCGGCCUUAAUUACUUUGGCCAGAAGUGGCGGGAACCAGGUGAAGAAAAGAGUGUUGCUAAGCUCCGUCUUCCUGCAGGACAACAGGCAGGUGACUCCUGCCUGCUACAGCUCCACCACCGAGCCCAGGUGUUCUCGAUUUGACCCCGAUGGAAGCGGGCAGCCAGCCACUUGGGACAACUUUGGGAUCUGGGAUAACCGCAUCGAUGAGCCAAUUCUGCUGCCACCUAGCAUCAAGUAUGGCAAGCCAAUCCCCAAAAUUAGCCUGGAGAACGUGGGCAGUGCCUCCCUCAUUGGCAAACGGAAAGAAAAUGAAGAUCGGUUUGGGUUCGCACAGCUGACAGAGGAGGUGCUGUACUUUGCAGUAUACGACGGGCACGGGGGACCGGCAGCUGCUGACUUCUGUCACACGCACAUGGAAAAAUGUGUGACGGAUCUGCUUCCUCGGGAGAAAGACUUGGAAACAGUCCUGACCAUGGCCUUUCUAGAAAUUGAUAAAGCCUUUUCCAGUUAUGCCCACCUGUCUGCUGAUGCAAGCCUCCUGACCUCUGGGACUACUGCCACGGUAGCCUUGUUGCGAGAUGGUAUUGAACUGGUGGUAGCCAGUGUUGGAGACAGCCGGGCUCUUUUGUGUAGAAAAGGAAAACCCAUGAAGCUGACCACUGACCAUACCCCAGAAAGAAAGGAUGAGAAAGAAAGGAUCAAGAAAUGUGGUGGGUUUGUGUCUUGGAAUAGCUUGGGACAGCCCCAUGUAAACGGCAGACUCGCAAUGACGAGGAGUAUUGGAGAUUUGGAUCUUAAACCCAGUGGCGUAAUUGCAGAGCCCGAGACAACGAGGAUUAAGCUCUACCAUGCGGAGGACAGCUUCCUGGUCCUCACCACAGAUGGGAUUAACUUCAUGGUGAAUAGUCAAGAGAUCUGUGACUUUGUCAACCAGUGCCAUGAUCCUAAUGAAGCAGCCCACGCGGUGACUGAACAGGCUCUACAGUAUGGUACCGAAGACAACAGCACUGCAAUCGUGGUGCCCUUUGGUGCCUGGGGAAAAUACAAGAACUCUGAGAUAAACUUCUCAUUCAGCAGAAGCUUUGCCUCCAGCGGGAGAUGGGCCUGAUCGCCAGCCUGGACUCAGGGUUCCUCUGCUGCAGGUGUCAGCGGGCAUAGCAAGAAACUGGUAAUACCCAGAAGGCCACCUGUCCCUGUGUGUCCCUGUGAACUGAUAGAUCCCAAUGCAGUGUAAGCUUACCAGCCAUGGGCACGGUAGUGUUUUCAUAAACCCUCAUCACUAUGUGCAACUGUACAUGCUCAGCGUAAGCCCCAUGACAAAGCUGUGAAGCCAUUGUGAGUCUCCACGCUGAGUGGGAGAGGAAGUGGUUUGGUACACUUGAUGAAUGGUAAAUCUAUGUGCUUUGUUUUGUGAUGCUAGAGAGUGAGUCUGGGGCUUUCAAAUCUUUAAGAUUACCAAGCAGAUCUGGCUUCUUUUUAAUGAGUUCGUUCUUUAUUCAGUUGGAUAGGUUUUUCUGAAUUUUGACAGCUAGUCAGUGCAUUAUCUUCAAUGUUUCUCUUUUCUUUCUCUCAGUGUUUAGCCCUGCACUCCUUGGUUCAGUCAGUUUUCCUACUUCGGUUUCCUGGGUACCUGGGACUCCAGGAUGCUCCAACUUACAAGUGUCUUUUUUUUGUUUGUUUAUUUUCAUUUUGAAUGUUUUAGAGACAAGCAUAGAUUUACUAAAGAAAAGUACUCCCAGGAGAUGCAGAAAUUCCAAGGGAGGAAUACCCACAAGUGUUAUUUUUUAAUAAAUGUUCCAAGGAGUCAAAAUGAAAAACUUUUCUGUUACUGUAUCUUGUACUCUGGACCAUUUAUUAGUAAACUUAACCCUGCAAACUUCUUCAGACAAAAGACAGGACUGAAGUGUAUCCGGAUUUGUAAAUAGCCCUCUUGUGUAUUUGAACUCUUUUUAGCCCCUUCCCCAUCCACUCCCAUUUUUCUGCAGUUAAAUGUGCCAUAUAGCUCCAACUGUUCCUUAAUGUCCCAAGGAAAAUGUACAGACUCCUUGAUCAAAACAUGUACAGGGAAACACGGACAGUGUUUCUGUUUCUUGA